UGACGAAGGGUUUACAGAGUCAAUCGGGAUUACACCUCGGUUUGUUUACUUGGAGAUAUUUUCCCCAGUAACUGUGUCAAUUUUAGCUCAUUUAAAAAAAUAUAAGCUUCUGACCGGCGGAGCUAAGAAUAAAUUCGGUUAAAUUUCAGUUUUAGAAAUUAGCUAGGUUGCUAAUUAGGUGCAAAGUUAUAGUUAUAGUUAUAGUUAACGUGAGUUGUGAGCUGUGCUAACGACUGCUAGCUGCACGUGCAAGUCAAGUAGCUAGUUAUCGCUAGCUAAAAGCUAAUAACAGCAUGAUGACUAAAAUAUUUCAUAUGAAUUCGCUUUAGUGACAGUGUUUUAACAGCACAUUUGUUCGGCAGAAGAAUUCAGCAUGGCAUCCCAUGGGAAUCAGUGUUCCUGCAGCGCUCACCGCUCGACCCCAAGCGUCCAUCAAACUCUAGACGAGAUGGAUUUUGAGAGAGGCAUAUGGUCAGCAGCUCUGGACGGCGAUUUGGAGCGGGUCCGGUCAUUUUUGAAAAAAGGAACAGAUCCGAACAUGAAGGACCAGGCUGGAUACACCGCUCUGCACUACGCCAGUCGAGCAGCUCACCUGCCGGUGUGUGAGCUUCUCCUGGAUCAUGGCGCCUGUGCCAAUUCUCAGACACACGGUGGCGCCACUGCUCUGCACAGAGCCGCCUACUGUGGCCACAUCAGCAUCGUCAAACUGCUGCUGAAACAUAGAGCUGAUCCUGGCUUAAUUGACGAUGAUGGAUCAACACCUCUGCAUAAGGCUGCUGAGCAGGGCCAUCUGGAGACGUGUGUGUUGUUAGUGAGCAAAUAUCCCAACCUGAGAACCAUAAAGGAUAAAAAAUCACGCUUACCUGUAGAUCUCAGUCCAGACCACAACACCUUCUUAGAGUUACUGAAGCCUCCACAAUGAUCUCCACUGCGAUUCCCCAAAGGAGACCUGAAUCUCUGAAAGUGCCACUUAAGCUAAAGGACACUGUGCAGAUUUUGGUCAAAGUCUCCGUAACUCCAUCCAUCCUCGUCCUCAUCAGUCAUCAUCCCUAAGCUCAUCUACAUCCUUGUCAUCUACAUUCCCAUCGUCAUCUUCAUCCUCCACCCAUUCUCAACAUCCCCGUCAUCAUCUCCAUUCUCACCCCAUCCUCAUUCCAUCCUCAUUCCAUCCUUAUCUUCAUAAUCAUCUCCAUCAUCAUUCCUUUCCUGAUUGAAAUUCUCAUCCCUAUCCUUACUCCAUCCUCAUCCUUAUCCCUAUCCCUAUCCUUACUCCAUCCCCAUCCACAUCCCCAUCCUCAUCUCCAUAAUCAUCUCCAUCCUCAUUCCCUUCCUGAUUGAAAUUCUCAUCCCUAUCCUUACUCCAUCCUCAUCCUUAUCCCUAUCCCUAUCCUUACUCCAUCCCCAUCCACAUCCCCAUCCUCAUCUCCAUAAUCAUCUCCAUCCUCAUUCCCAUCCUGAUCCAAAUUCUCAUCCCAGUCUUUACUUCAUCCUCAUCCUUAUCCUUAUCCCUAUCCUUACUCCAUCCUCAUGAGCAUCUUCAUCCUUAUCCCUAUCCUCAUCACCAUUCUCAACCGCCUCCUCAUCUCCAUAAUUCUCUUCUUUUUGCUGAUACAGGUGAUUAUAAGUGCUAUAAACAGGACAGUGGUUUGAGGUGAAUUAUGUUUCACAGCAUCUAAAAAUGUUCAUGUGAUGUUUUAGGAUGUUCAGCCCAGACAGGAUGUGACUUAAGUCAUAAGUCAAUAAAUAAAGUCGAACAUUCAUUUCCACAUUAUACUGGCAGUAUUGUAAUGCCACAAGUAUUAGUGUUCAAGCUGCCAGCAGAUGGCACCAGUGCUUUUGUGACGUUCUGGUCAUUUCUGAACCGUCACUGUGAUUGAGUCCUAACUCUUAAAAAAUACAGCUGCAUAUGUACACAUCUCCUUGUACUGAAUUCCAAGACUCACAACUUUACUGGAGCUUUUAUUUUAUUUUUUUUAUAUAAUACUAUAAUUUAAUAUAAGUUCAGUCCAAAUAGAAAAGAUGAAGUACAUUUGUAGCCUCUUUUUUUUUUUAAAAGCCAACUAUUCUGGACAUGUCAAUAAACCUGUUAAUGACUAUAUUUUUUAAUAUAAUAAAUUAUUGCUAUUCUAAAGAGCAAGUUUUUUUUAUAUUAAACAUUAUUUUGCAUUUGUAAGCCCUGUCGUGCUUAGACCAUUUAAAGCAUAAAGAAGUAAUGCCUGUUUCUGCCAGGACUGCUCAGCUGUCAGCUUGUAAUAACAAAAUAAAACUUAGAUCAGUUAAGAUUGUUUUCUUCAGCCAUGAAUCUCUCUGAUGCUGCCCUGUUGAGCUUAUCUAGUUUGAUCUAUUUUCUUCACCUCAUUGAGUUUCUAAAAUCAGACAAUGAAUGGUAAUGCCUUCUCCUUGAACCCAUCUGUCUUGUUACGUCAUUUAUUCUGACAGAGGGUGCAUUAUGUUUACACAUUGAUGGAUAUUGUGUAUAAAAGGCUCUAGAGUAGCGGGAUGUUUGUGAACGGUUGUUGUCGCCAUGGAGCAUGGGUCAGCAUGCAGAAGGCUAAAGAACUCUCUGGGCACAACAAUGAAUUCAGUGAACUUGUGAGCAGGCAGACAGUGAAUAUAAAGUAGAGCUGGGCCUAGUAUCAGUGUGGUGCGUUAAAUGCGAUGCUUAUUUGUGAACAUCAUUUUUGCAGUUUUUAUGUAGUUUCACUGUGUUAAUAACAUCACUCCCGAAAUCAUAUAUUUUUCUGUUGAUUUGACAAAUGUUGUAAUUCUGAAAUCUGUCCAAUGUGACCACUCUAGCUGAUAAUCAGAGUUUAUUUCUUCAUUCAUCUUCAUGAACCUCUUUCUUCUGGUCAUGGUGGAUCUGGGAACACUGAGCAUGAGGUGGGAGUACACCUUGGAUAGGAUGCCAGUAUCCCAGGACAGCAUUUACACACACAUUCGCACACUCUUUCUCACUUAGGGGCAAUUUAGAGUUGCCAGUCCACCUAACUUUGGGAGGUGGGAGAAAACCAGAGAACUCGGAGGACACCCAUGAAGUACAGGGAGAACACGUGAACCUCCACAAGCAGUAACCUGAGAUCUGGAUUGGACCGGGAGCCCUAGAUCUGUGACAAUUCUACCCCCUGCUCCACCAUUCCACCCAAGAGAGAUCAUUUCUGUCCUGUUGCAAAACAUACCGUCCACACCUUGUUGUCAGUAGUAACAAUAUUAAAGUAUUUAUGUCACUAAAGUAAGGAACAUGGUGUGGAGACACCUUACUGUAGAAAUCCUUUAAAGAGACUUGGACAGAUGCCUGCUGCAGUCUUGCAAAGGAAGAGGGACUUGCGCAAGAGUUCUGUUUAGAGAUCUGAGCAUACUGGGGUCCAGUUUAUAAGUUGUGUGCACAUGCCUUUUUGGUUCACGCACUGGUUCAAGAUUGAACCCACUGGUCCGUGAAGAAUUUCCAGGAAAGCCCCACCAUCCCCAGUGCAAUAUGACUUGCAGUAACCUGUCUCUGGAUAAGGUAUCAUAGCUGCAUGUGCAAAGAGCGUAUGUGGAGAUGAAUCAAGAUUUCUUUGUAACUCUUUCUUGCCUGACUCUUGGAGUGCUGAAAUAAGACAGGGUUGUGCUGCUUACAUGUAAUUUUAACACUCCAUGCUUCCCGUUUUGAAAAAAUCUGAUUUGGUUUUGGGGAGGCAUAAAGAUGCAGUGGGUAGCUUUGGACCACCGUCUUCACAGCUCCAGGGUCCUGGAUGCUUGAUCCUGAGCUGUGUGGAGUGUUGCAUGUUUUCCCAGUGUCCCUGUGGGUUUUCCUCUGGGAUCGUCAGUUUUCUCCCACCUACCAAAAACAUUGUGGUAGGUGGAUUGGCGACUCCACCUACCGUCCCCACCUCGCACCCAAUGUUCCCAGGAUGUGCUUCAGAUUUACCACGACCACCACGGAUACAGCGGUUGCUGAAGAUGAAUUAGUGGUUUUGGCCCACUUGCAUCUUAUGACAACACCAAACUAAAGUGAAAAAAAGCAGAAAGUAGUUCAGUGAAACUAAGACUUUCCUCGUGACUUAAAGUAGGACUAAAAUGAAUCUGUUAGACAGCCACACAGAUAUUAUGGAAUUCAAGAAAUGGUUGCAUAAGCCGAGCCAACUUUUCUAAGCCAAUACUUCUACAUUCCUGUCAUGUCCUCUGUUGAUUUUCAGUGUGCGUGUGUUGCGCAAUCACAAGGUCUGUAGUCUGUUAAGUCCCUUAGUAGUACACACUUUUGGCAGAGAUGAACACCCCACCGGUCAUUCAGCUAAUUGUUUUUGCAGGAACAGCACACAGGGUCGAUUCUGGGAAGCCACUACUUUCCCAUGGGAAACAGCAGGUUAUGCACUUUACUAUUGCUUAUGAGUGUCGAAAACCCCAAACGUGAAUCAAUUUAAGUACUAUCCACAAAUUUAGAACUAGCAACAAAUCAUUUCAGACAUUACACAUGACUAAGGACGAUGCAUUUUCACAUUACGCUGACUCCAAGACCAAGGAACAUAACAGUGCUAAAAGUAGAAGAGAUCUCUUAAAACUGUUGCAUUUAGACUUUAUUGGUGAAAGGACAUGAAUAACCAAUAAAGAUCGAAUGGAAAGAGUUUAGUUGCUUCACCCUGACUCCUUUUCCUCCUACUCGGCAUUAUCGACCUGCUAUUUUUGAAAAGUCAUCACCACACACAUUAAAACAAGCAAACUGGUAAAAAGCAAAUGAGGUGCUAUUAAAAAGACAAAAACAUCGCUCCACUCUUCCUUGCUUCACACCACACCACAGAAGCUAUUUCCACCUCUUACUUUUACCCAAAGUAAGCAUCACCACUAACCACACACAUUGUUCGCCCCAUUUAUGUCUGCUUCACCGGACAUGUCCAGAGUAAAAAUGGAAACACUCACAGACCUGAUUACAAAUGUUACCUUAGAUUAUAGUUUGUGUUCUAUAUUUGUACAUGUAGUAUACAUAUAUAAUUAUUUUCAUCCCUCUGACCUGUCAUCGCUACAUUCUCCUGAGAUAAAUACCUGAGAGUGCCUGCAUAAUAUAACCUCAAAAAUUCUUCACGGUAUUAUUCGAGAUUGUAGAUUUAAAUGCAAGAUUGUGCAACCAAUAAAAUAAUUAUACCACAAAGCUGUUGAAUGCUUCAUUCUGAUUGGUCAAAAUUAUUAUUUUUUGUAUUGAUUAAUUUUCUUGGACAGUAAUUCUGGCUUGUUCUAAUAUGUUAUUACUUAUAUAGUAACAGAUUACACAGGGACUUGUUUCAUAAGACAGAUUUUUUUAAAAAAUGUGUAAACCCUGACAUGGUGAAGAUUUCUGUAACUGUUUAUUUACAUUUUUGGAAGGAGUCUCCAGUGUCAGUGCUUUGUAAGAGUCAAUAAGUUUUCCGCCACCGGAAUGUCUUCAGGAUGAAGGGCUUUGCGGUUUCUUAGUAAUGUGACAAGCUGCGUUUUUUUGUUUGUUUGUUUGUUUGUUUGUUUGUUUGAAUGACUGUUUGUAGCUACUAUAGCAUAAGUAACAAGAAGACUUAGCUUGUUUUGUAACAUUUUUUAACAAGUGUAAUCUGAUGGUGUUUAAUAAACAAAACGUUUUAAUGGUUUGCAAUAAAACACUUGGAAAAUAAUCGGUAACAGUAACUCUGCUUCA